UCAGAUAGUGGCCACCAUUCCCGAAAGGCAAUUCUAGCUAGUGUGCAGUGUCUAGUGAAGGUAAGGUUGCUUCUCUUUCGGCAACCAUAUAGGUUUGUUGCGUUUGGCAGGUGGGCAUGCAUUUGACGUUUGCAGCUCGGCGUAAUCGCACCUACUAACUAUCUCGGGGAAACUACUAACCAAAAAAAAGUUACCUGGACCUGAGAGCUGCUCAUAUUAAGGCAUUCCAAAAACUUGCUGUGUACAACAAACAUUCUGGUGUGAUGUUGACCAAAAAUCUUCUCUGCAUUCGUCGGUGACAUUUCAUUUUGUACGGGGGAUUCUAACACUGCACAAUCAAUCUGUGGUUUUCCCCUUCGGCCAAGAAGAAGAUUGAUUAGAUUGAUUCUAGACAUCUGCCGCCAUCGUUCCUCUCUCUUGCCACUGCCGUGUGUGUGCGUGUGUGUGUGUGUGUGUGUAACUUCAUUAAACGAGAAGGCGGAGUCCAUAUCGAACGUUUGUUGCUUGCCAGACAUCGGCCGGAAUCAUGUUCAGUCUACGGCGGAACCGGGCCUUCCUGGUGAAAAUUUUGCUGCUGACGCCGCUGACUUGGCUCUGCGUCGUCCUCUACAUGAACAGUUCCACCAAAAUCAUUCAGCAACAGCAACAGGGCCACCAAGAGCAAAUUGUCUACGUCAACGAAAACAAGGCGGAAGAUAACCUGAUCCCGCAAGAGCAGGUGGAAAUCAAAGGACCCCCGCUCAAGGAUAAUCUGCUCAGAAAGAAGAAGCCGACGCCCUCGGGUUUGUUUUCAGAUGCCGCCCACCCGUUGUGGGUCGGAGUGACUAGCCUAUUUUGUGACGUUGGCAUUUUAUUUUUCGUUUUUCGUUUUUUUUUUUUUGUCUCGUGCCAUCUCUCAGGUGGAGACCGAGGAGGAGCCGGCAUCUCUGGCGACCAAAUGGCCGGCCAAGGCGUCCUGGUGGCCCCGCACGAGCCCGACGGCCCCGGUGAAAUGGGGAAGGCCGUCGUCCUGCCCAAGGACCUGACUCCCGAACAAAAGAAGCUGGUCGACGAAGGCUGGCAGAAGAACGCGUUUAAUCAAUACGUCAGCGACAUGAUCAGCGUUCACCGGACACUACCCGACCCCCGGGACGACAGGUGUAAAGAGCCCGAUCGAUACUUGACGACGCUGCCGGCCACGGACGUUAUCGUCUGCUUCCACAACGAAGCUUGGUCAGUCCUCCUGCGUACUGUACACUCCAUUUUGGAUCGAUCGCCGGCCCACCUUAUCAAGGAAAUCAUCCUCGUCGACGACUUUUCCGAUAUGGAGCACGUCAAGGCCCCAUUGGAGAACUACAUGGCGCAGUACCCAAAGGUGAAGAUAGUGCGGCUACCCAAGCGCGAAGGAUUGAUCCGGGCGCGGCUCUUGGGCUUGGAACGCGCCACCGCUCCCGUCGUCACCUACCUCGACUCUCACUGCGAGUGCACCGAAGGGUGGCUGGAGCCUCUUCUGGACCGGAUAGCCCGUAAUUCGACCACAGUUGUAUGCCCCGUGAUCGACGUCAUUGACGAGGAUUCCUUGGCGAUUCAUUUCGAUAAAAAAUCUGUCCAAGUCGGAGGAUUCGACUGGGGAUUGCAGUUUAAUUGGCAUGCCAUCCCUGAACAUGAAAAAAAACGACGCCAACACUCGGCCGAUCCUGCCUACAGCCCAACCAUGGCCGGAGGGUUAUUUUCCAUCGACAGGGCCUUUUUCCAGAAGUUGGGCACGUACGACGACGGAUUUGACAUUUGGGGAGGCGAAAAUUUGGAACUCUCUUUCAAGACGUGGAUGUGCGGUGGGACGUUGGAAAUCAUUCCGUGUAGCCACGUAGGCCACAUCUUCCGCAAACGAUCGCCUUACAAAUGGCGCAGCGGAGUUAAUGUCCUUAAACGUAACAACGUUCGAUUGGCCGAGGUCUGGCUGGACGAAUAUUCCGAGUACUACUACCAACGUAUAGGUCACGACCGGGGAGAUUAUGGAGACGUCUCGUCCAGAAAAAGCCUACGCAAAAACCUUGGUUGCAAGUCUUUCAAAUGGUACCUAGACAACAUCUUCCCAGAGUUGUUCAUCCCUGGUGAUGCGGUCGCAUCCGGCGAGGUUCGAAAUUUAGGAUUUUCACCAGCCUAUUGUUUGGACGGUGCCGCUCGCAAAGCCAAUCUCCACAAGCCAGUUGGCUUAUGGCCUUGCCAUGGCCAGUCCGGAAACCAGUUUUGGCUGUACAGUAAAACGGGAGAGAUCCGCCGUGAUGAGGCUUGUUUAGAUUACGCUGGAUCAGACGUGAUUCUAUAUCCAUGCCAUGGUGCCAAAGGCAAUCAAUUCUGGGAGUACGAUCCCGAGACCAAUUUUGUCCAGCACGGAAGCAGCAAAAAUUGCUUGGCAAUCAGCGAGGACAAGAAGAAAAUCACGGUGGAGAAGUGCUCCCAGGACAACCCUAGAGCCAAAUGGAAAUUCGAGAAAUAUGAAGCAUCGAAGAAGCUAUAAAUAUCAACAGACUCCUUGGUCGUCAACCCGGCCGGCUCAAAUUGGCAAGCUCAAGAUCUGUUUUGCCCAGUUUUAGAUGCUGCGUUGGCGUUUAUUUAAACCUCAACAUGAAGUCAAAAAUUAAUGUAACUAUGUAGGAAAUAUUUCGUGUGUACGGUGAAACGUGGUGUUAAAGGCUUGUAGAUGAAACAGUUCUUGAUAACCACAAUGUCCUCCUAUGCUUUCCAUAACUUAUCCAUAUCGACAGCAACACAUUCCGGAUUCAAGGUUUAUUCUAUAGUUAUUCCCUCUCAUUUUCUCUGGUGCGUUACGACUUUCUAAAAAAUUCGGCUACAAAAUUUAUUUCCAUUUUUAAUCCGCUUUGGUUAGAUUUAUAGUUUGUUCUCCUCUUUAAACGCUCAAAAUCAAGUCUGCUCUAUUCACACAUUUGUUUUGUUUUGUUUGGUUGAUUUUGAUUAUGAUGAUCGAGUAUAUUCUAUUUAAGCAAAUUCAAGCACAAUCCAUUUUACAUCGUACUUGACAUUGCAGGCGUACAGGUGUUGAUGGUUUGUGUUCUGCCUCCUAUUCUCCCAAUUUAAUUCGAUUUGAGAAGGAUUUCCUUCAUUCAAAGAAAAGUAGCGACAAUGUCAGACAAGUUAAAUUUCAAAGAUAACGGGUCUGUGUACACCUUUUCCAACUUCCAACAGUAAAACAAGAUUUAGAGCAUCAAGCCUUCAAUUGACUUACGGAAUGUAAAGCUUGGAGUAAAGCAUGCAUUGUAUAGAUGGUCGAUAGACUUGGUUCUUUUCCUUUCUUUCUUUUUUUGUUAUGUGAUUGUCGUUUUACGUUGAAAAUUUGUUUACAUCUAAUCUAAAACAUUUCACAUGAUUGAAAAUAUGUCCCGAUUCUAAGGGAUAGUCUACAUUUAUAUUUCUAUACAGUGCCUUAAAGAAAAUGCGUGCAUAAAGAAUUUGGAUUUUUUUCAGUUCGUGUGUCUGUGUAAGUGGAAUACAUCAGUUGAGAAAAAGGA